AAAUCUCAGGCGGAGGGGAGCGCGCUGCGAGGAAACCCGAGUGGUCCACCAAUCGGGAGACUCCUUCCCAGCUCUGACCAAUUGCUCGCAAGAGGUCUUAACUCGGUUUUCCAGUCUGGAAACUACGUCGCGUGCGCCCGGGACGCGCGGGAUCCCUGAGGUGCAACCCCAGGAGGGUGGGCGAUCACUCGGUGUCAGAGUACUUGGGGCGCCUUACCUAAGGAUGCGAUCUCACAGUACAAAUUUAGUACAUAUAGUCUCGAUUUCGUAGAAAAGAGGCCCGGUACCUUAUAGAGAAGCCGCCGCGGAGACCGACUUAAGUUCAGAUUCGGCUUCCAGCACUUCGCAGCGGUAUGCAAAGAAGCCUCUUUGUCCUGAUGUCUUCAGAGAUACUAUGGACCAGUCCCGAGUUUUCCUCUGGGUAAAGGCAGAACCUUUUAUAGUGGGUGCCUUGCAAGUGCCACCUCCAUCCAAAUUCAGUCUUCACUACCUCAGGAAGAUAGCCACCUAUGUGCGGACUCGGGCCACAGAAGGCGCCUACCCGCGCCUAUACUGGUCUACAUGGAGACACAUUGCCUGUGGAAAGCUGCAGCUGGCCAAGGAGCUGGCAUGGCUUUACUUUGAAAUAUUUGAUAAUCUUUCGGUGAGGACACCCGAGGAGCGCCUGGAAUGGUCUGAAAUUUUGUCCAACUGCAUGACUGAGGAUGAAGUUGAAAAGCAAAGAAAUCAGCUUUCAGUGGACACCUUGCAGUUUCUGCUCUUCUUGUACAUCCAGCAGUUAAACAAGAUCUCACUGCGGACGUCCUUGAUUGGGGAAGAGUGGCCCAGUCCCAGAAGCAGACCACAGUCUCCUAGCCUCACCGAAAGGCCCAGUUGUCACAACAAGAAUUGGAAUGACUACAGUCACCAGGCUUUUGUCUGUGACCAUCUGUUGGAUCUCCUUGAGCUGCUUCUAGAGCCAGAGCAACUUACUGCGUCCUUCCACUCAACGCACAGUAGUGUAGUCUCUCGAGAAGCUGUCCUGGCGCUCAGCUUCCUCAUCGAAGGCACUGUAAGCAGAACCAGGAAGGUCUAUCCCCUUCAUGAACUUGCAAUGUGGCAACCGCUGCAUGCAGACAGUGGCUUUUCGAAGAUCUCCAAGACAUUCUCUUUCUACAAGCUGGAAGCCUGGUUGCGAACCUGUUUGACUGCAAAUCCAUUUGGCCCAUCUGCUUGCCUCAAGUCUGGAAAGAAAUUGGCCUGGGCUCACCAAGUUGAAGGUGCAACCAAAAGAGCUAAGAUUGCUUGCAAUACUCAUGUGGCCCCUCAGAUGCACCGCAUGGUGGUGAUGAGCCAGGUUUACAAGCAGACGCUGGCCAAGAGCUCAGACACUCUAGUGGGAGCACACAUCAGGGUUCAUCGCUGCAAUGAGUCUUUCAUAUAUCUGCUCUCCCCCUUGCGAUCCGUGACAAUUGAAAAAUGCAGGAAUACCACGUUUGUGUUGGGUCCUGUGGAGACGGCCCUUCACCUCCAAGAUUGUGAAAAUCUAAAAAUCAUUGCUGUUUGCCACCGAUUGUCCAUCUCUUCUACAACAGACUGCACCUUUCACGUUAUGACACCUUCACGCCCACUUAUUCUCUCUGGGAACCAGAGUGUAACUUUUGCACCAUUUCAUACCCAUUACCCAAUGCUGGAGGACCAUAUGGCCAGGACUGGCCUUGCUACAGUACCUAACUACUGGGAUAACCCAAUGGUUGUGUGCAGAGAAAGCAGUGACACAAGAGUCUUCCGGCUCUUGCCACCUUGUGAAUUCUACAUAUUUAUCAUUCCCUUUGAGAUGGAAGGGGACACAGCAGAGAUACCAGGGGGUCUCCCCUCUGCUUACCAGAAAGUGCUGGCUCAAAGAGAGCGGAAGAUACAGAUCUGGCAGAAAACUGUGAAGGAGGCUCGGCUGACAAAGGAGCAGAGGAAGCAGUUCCAGGUCCUCGUAGAGAACAAGUUCUAUGAAUGGUUGAUCAAUACAGGACAUCGGCAACAGCUGGACAGCCUCGUUCCACACGCAGCAGCUUCCAAACAAGAGCCUGGAUAGGACCCGUGCAAAACCACUGGGCUCUGGAAACAUGAGGAAUAGAGGAGGACGGUGCCCACUGAAGACUGCUUUGGAAAGGCACCCUUGCUGCCUGUGAGACCUCAGGCCUUUCCACCUGUUUAACUCCUUUUGUUGGUUCCUGUUCUUCACUCACUUAGGUUGAACUUUAGCUUCUGACUUUCAUAGAAACAUCUUAACCUUAUUAUGAAAGGUUAUAAGAUUAUGAAGGUUAUAAGAUUCAUAUGUGUCAUGCAAAAUGGAACACCCGGCAAGGCAGAUUUCUGUAAGUGUUAGUGUCUAAGUGACCAACUACAGGCUCACAAGCUGUAGACUUCAUAUUUUAGUUUGUGUGAUGAAAGGGUUUGUCCUAGCUGGAAAAGUUAGCCAGGUGUGGUGGCACAUGCCUGAUCACAGCACUCAGGAGGCACAGUCAGGCAGAUCUCUGUGAGUUCCAGGCCAGCCUGGUCUACAUGGUGUCUCAAAAAACAAAACAAAACAAGAGUUGUAUGGUUCUUUGUAACUAUUUAAAGGAAAUUGCUGCUCCUUUUUAAAAAGAGUGACAGUAUGGUCAGUUUGUGCAUAAAUAUAGCAGAGAUAGUUUUAUAAAAAGGUAUUUUAGGCCUUAAAGUAUAAAACACAAAUGAAAUUGUGUAAAUUUUUUUAUUUUUUAUUUUCUGCUUCAGAUUUCAAUAAACAAACUAAAACACAGUUUUCUCCUUUUGUACAUCACCUAGCUUAGAAAGUUUGGAGUCUCAAGGCAGCUUUCAGGUCUUACUUUAAUUUUAAUAAAAGGUUUUUGUUGUUAAUCUGUUACAAAGUUGAGUCGGCAUGUGACUGGGAAGCCCUGUUCUUUAAGACACAUGAGUGAAAUGAUUCUAAUCACUAACAGGUUACUUAGUUAAUAGUUACCACCACAGAGUCAUUCUUACAGUUCUCAAGUAAAAUUAGCUCUCUUAAUGCUCGAUAAGUCUUUGAAGCCUUUAUACGUUAACUUUUACGUUAACAUGAAAUUCAAGUAAGCAAAAAAUGACCAAAUGAAGGACCAUUGGGGUGACACUGCUGGAUUCUGUGAAUCAGUCCAAUCCUUUAAAAUAUAUAAAAUUGACGAAGCAGA